CGACCAGCUGCGCUAGGAGAACCUUUGGACUGUGUUUAUUUUCUCCACACAUCUGGAACAGAGCAUUCCUGUGGGUAGAUUUUACACCUACUUUAUCACAGGAACAGGCACCUUGUUUGAAAUGUGGUGGACAUUCCUUUGCGUUCUUGUGGCAUUGAUUGAUGCUGUGCACGCCUGCCCUCCAGAAUGUACAUGUUUCGGCGAUGUACCCACAGUACAAUGCAACAUCCCGACUCUGGACCAUAUUCCUAAAGGCAUCCCGAGUAACACUACUCUCCUGCAGAUGAAAGGUACGGAACUCCGUGUGGUACGGAAAGGCGAUCUGGCCGGUCUCCCGCUACUGAAAACCUUGUAUCUCUUCAACAACAAACUACAAACCAUCGAGGUCGGCGCCUUUGACGAUGUUCCAGCGAUUGUGGACAUCGAGAUCGGCAGCAACCAAAUAUCCGACCUCCCCCCGGGUGUCUUCAGGGGCUGUGGGCAGCUACAGAGUGUGGUUGCAGAUAGAAAUAAGCUGACUAAAAUACAGAAGGGAGUUUUUAAUGACUUGGCAAGCUUACAGGCGGUAAGGCUCGGCAACAACGAGAUCGAGACCAUAGAAGUGGGAGCUUUCUCCAACCUGUCCAACUCUAUCGUCUUCAGCUUGGAAAACAAUCGCAUCCGGGACAUCAGGAAAGGCGUGUUCGAUGCUCCACAAGGAGCGACACAAAUCCAGUUACAGAACAACAACAUUUCUGUCAUUGAGCCCGGAGCACUUUCGGCUUUCAGUAAGAUUUACAUGCUCCUGCUCGAUAACAACGUUCUGUCUACCAUUACAGGCGCUCUGAAGGGUCUGGAUAAUGCGGAAAUUAUAAGCAUAAAUAACAAUAAGAUAGUGGUACUGGCCGAAAACACGUUCGAAGGACUUCACAAGCUCAGUGGGUUGGACCUCUCUAACAACCAAAUUCGCGCCAUUACAGGACAGGUGUUUGUUAACCUUUCAAAUUUGCAGACACUUAACCUGCACAGCAACAAGCUUGUGCGCAUGGACUCGCCGCUACCGAAGGGAAUAGGGCAAGUCAUGCUGUCCUCUAACCUACUUUCCCAAGUACCGCCGCUACCAGGUUCACUUGGUACGCUAGAUCUGUCCUACAACCCACUGGAGUCCCUCGUACAGGGCCAGUUCUCCCAUAUCCCCAGCAUCACUACCCUCGGUCUCUCUGGUAUAAAGUAUUUCAUAGAGAAAGGCACCAUUGACGCGGGCGUGUUCGCCGGACUCGGCAGGUUGGGGACUUUGAACCUCGCCGAUAACAGGCUCACUCGGGUUCCUUCGGAAGCGCUCGGGAAAAUCAACCAGUUAGACACGCUAAAUCUGGCUGGGAACGAGAUCACAACUCUCCAUCCCAGUGACUUCGUCAACCAGACGAUUAUUCAAACGCUAAACCUUAAUGGCAACAAUCUGACGUCAGUGCCAGAGUCUGUAUUCGACAAGCUAACCCGGCUGGAAGAAGUGGACUUGUCCUACAACCCUAUCGUAUAUGUGGGCCCGGGAGCCUUCAAGGGCGGAGUGCUGUUCAGUGUGCAUCUGGAUCACACCAAGCUUCGUAUCAUAGACGGCGCUGCCUUCAACGAAUCCGUUGAGGUGAAGUGGCUGCAGCUGAACAACAACUAUCUACAGUUCCUGCCGGGAGGAGUCUUCAAACCUCUGACUUUCUACGGAGAUUUGAUGGAGUUUGAAGACAUGAGUGACAACCCUUGGAAGUGUGACUGUCAGAUGUAUGAGUACGCGCAAUAUGCAAGAUCACCUGCGGCCGAACAUCUUAGUACACUUGAAUGCGCCAGCCCAGGGAACUUGACAAAACAGGUCCUGCGGAAGGUACCUUUGAACACUCUCAAAUGCGACUGUCCGCACUACGCAGUACCAACCAUAGACACCAAAGGGAGCUCCACAGUGGUCCGUGUGGGACAAGGGGCAGUACUCAAUUGUCAGGUCACGGCCUGCCCUGAAGCAGCGGUCAUCUGGACUACCCCUACCGGCGUGAGUCUGACCUCUGACUCCCAACAUCCGGGUCUCCACGUUCUGUCAGACGGAAGUCUAGUCGUCGUGUCAGCGUCAUCAGACGACUCGGGCACCUACAGCUGCAUGGCGGUCAACUACCUCGGGAAGGCCACGGCAACGGUCCGUCUCAGGGUCACAGACGGGCCUCAUGAUCAUGACACUACCGACAGGUAG